UUCAAUGUAGAUGUAAAACAAAGAAUUCGAUUCGUCCUGCCCUAACGUUCAAAAAAUUCAAUCUGUGGUUCGGUUCUUCCUCCCGCAGUCUCUUUUCCCUCACAAAAUUGUGAUAUCAUCGUUCGGUGCUCAUGCUUCCACAUUUUGCCUUUUGACUGGUGAUGCGCUUUUCCCGCGGAAGCCGUUGGAUCAGUGAGCGAUUUGCUUCGUUAGUGUGAAAAUGGCUAGACGUAGAGUCAAGAGAACCGUUCAAAAGACCGAAUCGUCACCUGAAGCCAAUAGAAACGGCAAGAACGAGCCCAAGGAGAGUCAAAUUAAACCGCAACAAGCUCAAUUCAUAGACCUCGAGGUUGAGCGACAAGCUACUGCCAUUAGGGCUGUGCGUAAUGUGGAGGUUGAACAUUUGCUGACAGAGUUGCGUUUACUUCGAUCGUAUUUUAGCGAGGAACAGCUCCAGACUCCGGUGCAACAAAUUUUCAAAGAAAUUCUCCCAAAUCUUUCUGUUGUAAGUGACAAAGAGAAUAAGAAGUUUGAAUUGAGAUGGAAUGAUAAUGACAAGAGGAUGUCCAUGAGCUGUGCUGGAGGAAGAGAUGUACAUGCUUCUCUUCUGCAAAGACUGUCCAUGGCUUUUCCUGACUUCUCUUCUGCAAUGCCUCCUUUGGAUGGCUUUGAAUACUCUAGCAAGGCUGGAAGAACAAGUUUUCUUGGUUCUGAUAACUUGUAUAUUAAGGAUUUUAGUAUGGAGGAGCCAUCAGAAGCUCAGGCUCUUGCAAUGCAAGAAGCUCUUCGGACUCCUGGGGUGAGUAGUCAAAGGUUGUCUGUUGGUAUGACACCCAAAACACUUAGGCUUCCGAAACCUGGCGAGAUGCUCCUCUCAGUCCAUGGAUCACCCCUUGGUGUUUACAAGGAGAAUAACAUGGAUGCCAUACAUGAGUCAGAAGAGGGUUGAGUUCCUACUAUAACUCUUUAAUUGGUGCUUCAGAAGCAAAACUUGCAGAUUUUCCCAUGACAGCAAAGUAGAUUGACUAAAUGUAACAAUGUUGGGUCUUCCAGCUUCCAAGGAUUUGGCAAUGAUGAGGACGAGUUCAGUCCUGCCAUGGAGGCCAAGAGUUCUUGAUAGUGGAGUAUAUUGUCUGACGUUUUGUAUGGGGUUUGUAUCAUGAAAAAUUCAUAGAUUGUAUACCCAGUCCUUAUGGACUGAAUUCAUGAUAAAAUAAUUAAUUUUUUCCUAUUCUUAGGUAGUCAGUGUUGAUUUAGCUGACUUUGGAUUAAAUGGAUUGGUUCAUGCAAUUUUUAGGUGAAGCUUAACAUUUUAGCUUAAUAUAUAUGUAAGCAAAUAAAUUGUUUAUAUAAAUUUGGUUUUUUA